UGGUCGAGCCUUCACGUGCAAGGUCCGAACGAAUCCACAUUGACGCGGCGCUUAUGAGUGCUCUUGUCGAUAGAUGGAGGCCUGAGACCCACACUUUCCACCACACAGUUGGAGAGAUGGUGCCCACUCUGCAGGAUGUGUCUUAUUUGUUGGGGCUGCCGAUAGCUGGGCCAGCAGUUGGCCCAACAAUGGUGAAUGCUGGAUGGGCGGAUGACCUUCUGGCCAGUUUUGGUGGUGUGCUGCCUGUUGCACUGGAGGAUCUCACAGAUGGGCACGGGCCUACGAAAAGUUGGUUGAAUCAGUUUCGACAGGAUGUCUUCCCUGAUGACCAGGAGGAGUGGAUCGUGCAGCGGCACUUAGUCGCUUACCUGUUGUGGUUGUUUGGAUGGGUGAUGUUCACGGGAACUCACGCUGACUCCGUGGACAAGCACUUCAUCCACUUUGCGGAGCAGAUUGCAGAGUUACCUAUCGCGGAGAUUCCACAGUACAGUUGGGGGUCGGCGGUACUUGCGGCGACAUAUGCCGAACUGUGUGAUGCUUGCGUGAGGAACAGCAAGCAAAGUUCACUCCCUGGAUGCCCGUUGCUACUUAUGUUGUGGGCGCACGAGCGCUUCGACAUUGGGAGGCCUCAGCUUGACUCGUACGCAAACUACGGUUUGCGAGAGAUGUACAGGUCUGGUGUUGAUGACAUCGACGAUCGUCCCACUAUGGGAUCCUUGUGGACACACCGUGAGCCGCAGUGGGUUAGCGGGACGACACGUCGUGUCUACACUCAGUUUGUAGCUGACUUUGAUCAGCUUACGCCUGACCGUGUUCGGUGGACUCCCUACACUCAGCACGAUGUCAAUGAUCGUGCACCGCACGGUCUCGCGGAUCUUUGCACGCGAGAUAUGCAACUCUGGAGGACGACUUGUCACCUCGUGGUGGACGUGCACGUCGAGCCACACAAUGUCCACAGGGUUCUCAAACAGUUGGGCAUGUAUCAGGACUUCCCUCCGAGAGAUGGUCGUCCUUUGGCUGAUAGUCUUCAUAGGUACUCCAGAAAGGGGCUCGGGCUUUCCUACGAGCUAGUUAUUGUGACCACGGUUCAGCCGACGGUACAAGAGUGGGAGCACGCAGCUGAUAACUUGGCACUUCAGACACCUCCAGACGAUGGGAGUUAUUAUGGAGCUUACCUUCGUUGGUACCGCAGUGUUACACGAUGGAGGUGUUUUCCUCCACAAGGAGAUAGCACCGUCCCCCACCAGGCAGCGAUUACUGACACGUUUGCCCCUCAGCCUAGAUCAGCUUACAACUCAAUGGCGGAAUUUGUUGAGCACGUUCACGUGGAGUCCGACACCCUGCUGCAAAGACUAGAGGCGAGACCUCCAGUCGUCAGGUCUGACGACGUGACGAGUGUCCUUCGCAACUUCCGUGCACGUGCUGCCGCACUACUACGUCGUGUCUCCUGUCGGAGCGCGGCAGAUGUGGUGCAGACGUCGGGCCGACGGCCAUCACCACCACUACCCCGACGUUCCAGCGUGGAUCGGAGUGGUCCAUCCUCUUCACGUCGCGGGUACGAAGCGGCCCACACAUCUCACGGUCGUCCUUCCUUUCAGCACACCCCAGCACCGGAGUACACCAGGGGGUCAGCCGGAUCAGGGGUACCCACGUCGAGCACGGCACCACCACGUCCGCAGGUAUUCCAAACUCCGCCUUAUGUUCACCCCUCGCAGGGAGCAUCUGGGUCGGCACACUUCCCUUACAUGCCAACGGGGGACAACGUGUUGAACAGACCAGCAUGGGGACUUCAUAUCACUCCGCGUGCGCCAGAGCAGGGCCACACACAGCACACAUGUAAGUCAUUUUAAACAAUAACACGCUUUAGUUUCUAAUUAUAUGUAUCGUUACUAACUACGCCAUAUUUUUUGGUUUCUCCCUCUUGUACAAACAGACGAU